AUGACUUUCCUCGUGGGCAGGGCGUUGAGUUAUGCCAUCACGGCCACCGCUGGCAGUGGCUUCUUGCUGUUUGGUUACGAUCAGGGUGUGAUGUCUAGUCUGUUGACUGGAGACGCCUUUGUUGCCACGUUCCCAGAGAUCGAUACCACCAAGGGGGGACACGGUAGUUCUUCCCUGCAGGGUACAGUUGUUGCCAUUUACGAAAUUGGAUGCUUUUUGGGCGCCAUUGUUUCCCUGUUAAUUGGUGAGAGGCUUGGCCGACGCAAGUGUAUCAUGGCAGGAUGCAUCGUUCUCAGCAUCGGUGCCGCACUUCAAUGCAGCGCUUACAGUAUCCCUCAUCUCAUCGUCGGCCGAAUCAUUGCAGGCAUCGGAAAUGGCCUCAAUACCAGUACCAUUCCGGUCUGGCACUCCGAGCUCAGCAAGGCAGCAAGUCGAGGCAAAGGGUUGGCUAUUGAGCUCGCCAUCAACAUCUUUGGUGUCAUGUUGUCAUACUGGGUUGAUUACGGGAUGAGUUAUGUCAAGAACGAGGCUCAGUUCCGAUUCCCCAUUGCGUUACAAAUUUUAUUCGCUGUUCUCACGUUUAUUGGAGUGCUUUGUCUUCCGGAAUCCCCUCGAUGGCUUAUCCAACACGGAGACGAAAGCAAAGCCCGUCAUAUCAUCUGGUCGCUCCAGCACAAUGCUCAUGAGAUCGACGAAGACGAUCCUGUUGUUGGCGUGGAUGUCAAUGAGAUCACACGUGCAGUCAAUGAAGAACAAGAAGCUUCGUCAGGAGGAUCUUUCAAAAUGCUCUUCCAAAACAACAAGCAGCGAUUCAUGUACCGGACCCUUCUUGGAAUGGGUGGUCAAGCUAUGCAACAGCUGUCUGGAAUUAAUCUGAUUACUUACUAUGCCACCGUCAUUUUUGAACAGUCUGUUGGAAUGUCCCAUCACACAGCCUUACUAUUGGCAGGUUUCAACGGAAUUGCGUACUUCUUCUCUUCUUUGGUCCCUAUCUGGACAAUCGAGCGUCUCGGACGCCGUAAGCUUAUGAUGUUCGCGGUUAUCGGACAAGGCUGCUGCAUGGCUAUAUUAGCUGGUACAAUUUGGGAUGGUGGAAAAUCAGCUGGUCUGGUUGCCACAGUCAUGCUAUUCGUAUUCAACUUCUUCUUUGCAGUCGGUCUUCUUGCCAUCCCUUGGCUGCUCCCCGCGGAGUACUCACCACUUGCAAUUCGAACCCGAUCAGCCGCCAUGGCAACUGCAACAAACUGGAUCUGCACAUUCCUUGUUGUGGAAAUUACCCCCGUCAGCAUCGCAAAUAUCGGAUACAAGACCUACAUCUAUUUUGCCAUCUUCAACUUUUGCUUCUUCCCACUCAUCUACUUGUUCUACCCGGAAACGCAAAAUCUCACCCUCGAGCAAAUCGACCUGUUGUUUACCAACGAGAAGGUCCUUCUCCACUGGGAUUCCUCAAUGGGAAUUGCGGGUGAUGUAGAUACACGUGUUGGAAACGCCAAAGACCUCGAGAGCUCAAAUGUUCAACAUGUUGAGUAA